AUGGACUCAGCCCACUCUAUCCGCCGAUACAGUCCGUGCAAAUGGCGGUACUGCACCUCCCCGGAGCCUAUCCUGCCUACCGAAUUCUCCAUCCAACUCUACAACCCGGACCAGCAGAUCGUGAUCAAACACCAGCCAAAGUCAUGGAACAAGCCCGCACGGUGGGAAUUCGAGAUGCCCCAGCGUACAUUCAGAGUGCCCUCUACAUCGACCCUCGAUCGGACACAGAGUGACCCCGCCGCGGCGGAUAUAACACCCAAGCUACGGUUCAGCUGGCGCAAGGAUGGAAAACUGUCCAAAGAUCUGUCGUGUCUGCUGCACGGCAAAUCCUCUACGAUUACAGAUACUCGUACCAAGACUCGGGAACCGGAUAUCACUGUGGCCCUGUUCCAGGGCCUACGCGAGUUAACUCUCUACGAGCCGAAUCUCUAUCGGGUGGAAAUGGAAGACUUCAAGGGUCUAGAGGUCGUCCUUUUGCUUGCAGCAGUCGCCAUCCGGGAUAUCUUCUUCGGCCUCGCCAAAGAAGCGUUUCACAUCGUCGGCGGUGCUCCUGCAAUCGGCACCAACAAGCCGCAGACGGGCAUUGCCCCAGGCCGAAAAAGCCCAGCAACAUCUUCCCAACAGCCAACCGUCGCAGUCGCCAACGGCAAACCCUCUCCGCCACGCCUGACCAUCCCGCAAAACAAUGCAGCAGCACCAGCACCACAAGCACAACCGCAACCGCAACCCCGCCCAGACGCCCAAGCAAAGAAAGAAGCCCAGCGCACACAAGAACUCCUCGCCGCCGAAAAACGCGCCGCGGAAAAAGCCCAACGCAAACGCCAAGCCGAAAUCGACGCCGAAACAAAACGCCUCCAGAAACUCUACGGCCACGAGGAACAACAAGUCCGCGCCAACGCACAAGGAAACGCAAACAAACCAUCUCCCGCCCCUUCAUCACGCCCACACCUUCCACCCCGGCACACGGGUCCAUCAAGACCGUACUCGCAUUACUACUCGCAAUCCUACUCGCCUCUACAAGCCCAACAAGCCCAACCACAACAACCACCUCGUCCAUCCAACGCGCCCACCUUCGCGGGUAACCCGUACAUGCACGGCUCCGCAGGCAACCGUCUCGACCCCCGCGCCCAAUCAACAACGCAUCUCAUGCAGCCGCGGCCGCAGCAAGUCCGGCCCCAGUCCACGGUGGGCUUUUACCAAACUGCAAAUGGCGGUCUAGCACCUGGAUAUCCGCCCGGAGCACUGUCGCCAGUGUCGCCAGUGCAGCAGCAUCAGCAUACUCUGACUCCGAGGAAGAGUAGUUUCUUUGGGUUCCGGCGGAGUAAGGAGGAAGAUGGGGAGAGGCAGAGGAAUCGGUUGGAUAAAAAGCGGAGUUCGAUGUUUUGA